AUGGCUCGUUAUUGUCAUUUAUCAUAUACAUUUACAAAAGCUAAUAAUUUUACUUAUUCGCUUACUCGUAAUGCUUUAACAACACACACUUAUUUUAUUAAUUCUAAUGCUCCAUUUACUAUUUAUAAUCGUCGUUUGUCUUCAAAUACAGGAGUACGUAAACCUUUAUUUGACAAGGUUUUAAUUGCAAACCGUGGCGAAAUUGCUUGUCGUGUAAUGCAAACUGCUAAGAAAUUAGGCAUAAAGACAGUAGCAGUUUACAGUGAAGCCGAUAGACAUGCUUUACAUGCAGAUGAGGCAUAUUUAAUAGGUUCUGCUCCAUCAGCAGAUAGUUAUUUGAAUAUCAAUAAAAUCAUUUCUGUUGCCAAACUGAGCAACUCCCAGGCUAUUCAUCCCGGAUACGGAUUUUUAUCUGAAAAUCCGGUUUUUGCUGAUCUCUUAGCAAAAGAGAAAAUAACUUUUAUUGGUCCUCCAGCAUCUGCAAUGGUUUCGAUGGGCUCUAAAAGUGAGUCAAAAGACAUUAUGAUUGCUUCCAAUAUUCCCGUUGUUCCAGGAUAUCAUGGCAAAAAUCAAGAUCCUCAAUUUUUAAAACAAAAAGCUUCGGAAAUUGGGUAUCCCAUAUUGAUCAAAGCAAUUAAGGGUGGUGGUGGCAAAGGAAUGCGAAUUGUAAAUAAUCCAUCAGAAUUUGACAUUCAACUCGAGUCGUCCAAAAGUGAAUCGAUGAAAUCUUUUGGAGAUGAUCAAGUGCUCAUUGAAAAAUAUCUUUUAACUCCUCGUCACGUUGAAGUACAAAUCUUCGCUGAUAAACAAGGAAAUGUAGUUCAUCUUUUUGAGAGAGAUUGCUCUGUUCAAAGAAGACAUCAAAAAAUUUUGGAAGAAGCACCGGCUCCAGGAUUAGAUGAUAAAAUAAGAGAAGAUCUUGGUGCAAAAGCUGUUGCGGCAGCUAAAGCUGUAAAUUAUGUCGGCGCUGGUACUGUAGAAUUUAUUAUGGAUAAUUUAGAUAAGAAAUUUUAUUUCAUGGAGAUGAAUACAAGAUUACAGGUUGAACAUCCUGUUACAGAAAUGGUUACCUCUACAGAUUUAGUUCAAUGGCAAUUAGAAGUUGCUUCAGGUAAUCCACUACCUGUUACGCAAAAUCAGCUAAAGCUUGAAGGUCACGCUUUUGAAGCGCGUAUUUAUGCAGAAAAUCCUGCGAAUGAUUUCUUUCCUGAUAUUGGUCCUUUACUUCAUCUUCGAACGCCAUCACCAUCAUCAAAUGUUCGAAUUGAAACUGGAUUUGAACAAGGUGAUGAAAUUAGUGUUCAUUAUGAUCCUAUGAUAGCCAAAUUAGUUGUAAAAGGUCAAGAUCGUACGGAGGCGCUAAGAAUUUUGAAGAAUGCUUUAAACGAAUAUGAGGUGGUUGGUUUACAUACCAAUAUUGAAUUUUUAAAAAGUGUUGUCUCACACAAUGCUUUUAUUAAUGGAGAAGUUGAAACUGACUUUAUAGCAAAACACAGUGAUACUCUAUUUGCAAUAAAAAAAGAAACACCAUCACACGUUAUUAUUCAAGCUUCAUUGUUUAUGAUAUUAAGUGAACUUCAAAAUACCAUAAAAGAAACCGCUGAAUCGUUUGAUCCAUUUUCACCUUGGACUUCAUUACGACAUGCUCGUUUAAAUACUGAUCAUGUCCAAACUAUUAUAUUUAGAGACCACAAUGAUGAUGAUAUCAGUGUUAAAAUAAAAUUCAAUUAUGACAAUUCAUUUGAUGUCACUAUCAUUAGAGGUGCUUCACAUCUGAUUGUUAAACGUGUACUUAGUAGCUGGAAUGAGGUAGAACAACAAAUAAUUGUCGAAGUUGAAAAUCAUCGAAUUAAAAGUCGGGUUGUUUUGGACAAGAAUUCCUACCAAGUUAUCAUCUUUGAUAAUGAAGAAGGUAAAAUGGUUUUAGAAGUUCCAGAGCUUAUUCAAGUUAAAACCAAAUCUGCUGAUGCAACUGGACAAAUUGUUGAAAAAGGAACUCCUUUAAUAGUAUUAGAAGCUAUGAAAAUGGAGCAUUGGAUUAGAUCACCAUUUUCUGGUACUAUUGAUAAAAUAUUUUAUAAUGUUAAUGAAUUUGCUAAAGAAAAUAGGGAUUUGAUUUAUAUUAUAUCUGAAAAUAUUUAG